AUAUGGCACGUCAGUAACCACAUUCGGCUCUAUCAGUAUUUUUCACUUUUUGUUUUUAAAACGCUGGCAAAUCCAACUUCUCAGUUAACUCAGUUAAUCGUUAACAGUAACUAGCAUUACACUUACCAGAUAAACUCUGUAGACUUAGCAUGAUGAGAAACUUUGAUUCACAGGUAGCUAAUCAAAUCAACAACGGCUACUGAAGUCGUAUUUGCUGAUUAAAACCUCGCAUGCAUUGAGAUAUGUUUACUUUUAGUUAAUGAAGAUACUAAUUAAAUUAUUUCAGUGUUAAAUAUUUGUUCAGAUACGUUAACGAAGUUCACUGAAAACUCCGUUUGAUCUUGACUGGUGACAGCUCUCUCCAAGCAGGAACCAGCCUCAGUUGUUUUCCUUCUUUCUGCCCAGCAGACUCCGGAGGAAUGGUAGCCGGUUAGCUCUUCAGGCAGCAGCAGUUGCUACCAUAGGAUUAACUUAUUAACGUUAUUUGGCAUUCGGUUGUUCUGUUAAAAUAAUGAAUUUACUACCGUCUAAUCCUCACGGGAAUGGGCUCCUUUAUGCUGGAUUUAACCAGGAUCAUGGAUGCUUUGCCUGUGGAAUGGAGAAUGGGUUUCGUGUGUACAACACAGAUCCUCUUAAGGAGAAGGAGAAACAAGAGUUCCUGGAGGGCGGGGUUGGCCAUGUGGAGAUGCUGUUUAGGUGUAACUAUUUAGCACUAGUGGGAGGAGGAAAGAAACCCAAGUACCCAACCAACAAAGUGAUGAUCUGGGAUGACCUGAAGAAGAAGACCGUUAUUGAGAUUGAAUUCUCAACAGAAGUCAAAGCAGUGAAGCUUCGGCGUGACAGGAUUGUGGUAGUCCUGGAUUCAAUGAUCAAAGUCUUCACCUUUACCCACAACCCCCAUCAGCUGCAUGUGUUUGAGACCUGCUACAACCCAAAAGGUCUGUGUGUGCUGUGUCCCAACAGCAACAACUCUCUGCUGGCAUUCCCUGGGACACACUCAGGCCAUGUGCAGAUAGUGGACCUGGCCAACACAGAGAAGCCCCCAGUUGAUAUCCCCGCCCAUGAGGGGGCGCUGUGCUGCAUCGCUCUAAAUCUACAGGGCACAAGAAUAGCUACUGCAUCAGAGAAAGGGACUCUUAUUAGAAUUUUUGACACGUCUGCAGGUCAGCUCAUACAGGAGCUAAGACGAGGCUCUCAGACAGCUAACAUUUACUGCAUUAAUUUCAACCAGGAUGCGUCCCUCAUCUGCGUGUCCAGUGACCACGGCACGGUGCACAUCUUUGCUGCAGAGGACCCCAAAAGGAACAAACAGUCAAGGUUCAUCUCUGCUGAAGGUUUGGCAUCAGCCAGCUUUCUUCCCAAAUACUUCAGUUCCAAGUGGAGCUUCUCCAAGUUCCAGGUCCCCUCAGGCUCUCCCUGUGUGUGUGCCUUUGGAACAGAGCCCAAUGCUGUCAUAGCCAUUUGUGCUGAUGGCAGCUACUACAAGUUUCUGUUCAACCAGAAAGGGGAGUGUUCCAGAGAUGUGUACGCCCAGUUCCUGGAGAUGACUGAUGAGAAAAUAUGACCUUUGACCCCCACCCCCGGGACAUUUAUAUUUCUUUACUUUUUUUUUUCUUUUUCUUUUUUUUGUGGAGGAGGAGGGAGGAGAGGUCCCAUGCUGCAGUUCUCCUUAUCUUGACAGACUCUGUAAAAGAGCAUCUAAUGAAGCGAGAACAAAGAAAGAGAAGCACAGACUCUGGGAAACCCUCACAGCAAAGAUGAACAGAUGGAAGCCCCAACAGGGAUGCAGACUUUUGUCUCUCGCAGACUCCCGAAGAUUGUCUCUGGACAGAGGGACACAGAUGCCGACUUGACUCCCAAACCAAACACUAGAGAAAAGCGGGAAAGUUAUUUUUCUGAAUGGACAACAUGCAGCUUUUUAAGAUGUCUUCCGAGGAAAUUUACGAAGAAUGGCUAUUUUUAAUCACAUAGAUGAUUCUGAUAGUUAGACGGAUUGAAAAUAGUGAGAUUUUUGUCAGCUAACACCACCUAACCUAACAAUAGGGAGUGCCUCGAGACUGGAGAGAAUCUGUACGUGUGCACAUAUUACUGUUGUCAUAUAUACAUAUGUGUGUUUGUGUAUAUACCAAUGUACCAUAUUAGGUGUUCGCAAAGCAGGAUCAGAAUGAGUUAACUGCUUUUUCCACUUCUGUCUUAAAGGUAUGUAGUAACAUCUGAAACAUUGGAACACACUGAUCCUGCAUUGUGAAGCGUCACCUUAGUAUUACUAGAUUUUCUUAUAUUCACUGUAUAAACACAAUGCGCCAGACUGAACUUCUAACUAAAUGGAACUAUACAGUAGCAGGAAAAAAAAAUUAACAUGUAUUUUUGUUUCACUCUAACUUUUUUUCAUACGUUGUGCAAUAUGUUUUUCCUUAUGUUUUUUUUUUGCUAAGAGCUUGUGAAAGAUGAGUGUUUGUUGUUGGAUGUACCUAACCAAAAAAGCUUAAAGAAAUAGUUUGUCAUUUAUUAGGAAAUACGGUUUUUCGCUUUGUUGCCGAGACUUAGAUGAGAAGAUUGAUACCACUCACGUCUGUAUGUUAAAUAUAAAGCUACAGCCAGCAGCGGUUAGCUUAGCUUAGCAUUAACACUGGAAACAGCUAGCCUGGCUCUGUCAAAAGGCAUCAAAAUCCACCUAUCAGCGCCUCUAAAGCUCACAGAUUAACACUUUAUUUCUUGUUUGUUUAGUCUUAACCAAAUCACAGCGUUAAAACAAUACGUUGUGGUUUUACGGGGUAUUGUGCAGGACUGUUUUUUGGCUGGGAGCAGUGACUUCCUAAAGUUUUGUCGUCACCAUGAGUUUUUAACACAGAUUUUUGUACGGAUUAAACAAAUGAGAUGUAAUGUGUUAAUUGGACGGAACCAGGCCCCAUGUUUCCAGUAUUUAUGCUAAGCUAACCAGCUGCUAGCUUUAGCUUCAUGUUUACCCUACAGACGCUAGAGUGGUAUUGAUCUUCUCAUUUCUUUAAGAGAAACUAUUUCUUUAAGAGUUUGUGAAAGUUGAGUGUUUGUUGUUCCUACCUGAACAGGAAAGCUUAAGAGCCACACACACAUGCAGUUUCCAUCUUAAAUCACAAAAACCUAAUCGAUUUCGGAUGAGAUUGUUUUUUGUUUUGUUUUUUCUACUCAGCAGCCCAGAUCAACUGUAAAAAUAUCAAGAAUAUUUUGAACUUAAUGUUUAAUAUUAAUACAUUAUUGGCCCAAUACAAUUCAAUCGGGAAUCUUCUGAAGGAUUGCUCCGCAUACUUUUGGUUGGCGAGUGUGGCUCUCCGGUCACAGCUGCAUGUUACCUUUUUGUUUAAAUCCCGGCAAGUCACUUUGAGUGUUGUGUAUGUCUGCGUCAAUGCAUCUCUGUAAACUGCUUCACCGUGCCCCUAACAGCAUUGAUCAAUUCAGCUAAUGCAAAUCAGGGACUCUAAAGUGCUUUGUUAAAGCCUGCAGCCAUAAACGAGAUCUGUUCAGUGUGGGUCCACCACAAUGGAACAUGUGUGUAAGUGGAACUGUGUUAAUGUAUUAUUAUUAUUUUUUUUUUCCCAAUUGAAAUGUUCAUUGACAGCAUUUUUGUUGAUUGAUUGCAAAAACACAUUUCAUUAGUGUUGCUUUCUGCAUCAGAUUGUACAGCAGGUGAGCAGGUGUCACUCUGUUGAACAUACAUAGCACUUGGUGGUCACUGACUGACCACAGUAGGGACGCUGCACAAACUGAAAAGCCAACUUGUUUCUGACACACUCAGAAUGAUUGUAAAACCUGCAUUUAAAUUUGUGAAUAAAAUUUAACAUCUGCUUUUACAGUUAAACUUUA